AAACAAGUGGAACAUUUAGCAAAAUGUCGGCUUGCAAGCUUGUUGGAUUAGCCGGGAUUGCAAUCCUGUCGGUUCUUUUCCUCGCCCCCGCUGCUGCGGUGGCGGAGCCCGGCGAGACGUUGGUCCUGCUGGACAAUUUGGCCAUCCGUGAAACACAUUCCUUAUUCUUCAAAAGUCUACAAGAACGUGGCUACAAACUCACCUACAAGCUAGCGGAUGACUCCAGUCUCGUGUUAUCGAAGUAUGGCGAAUUCCUGUACCGCCACCUCAUCGUGUUUGCCCCGUCGGUCGAAGAAUUCGGCGGUUCACUGAGCGUGGAGGCCAUAACGGAGUUCAUCGAUAACGGCGGUAAUGUGCUGGUCGCCGGUAGCACCACGUCAGGAGACGCCCUCCGCGAGUUGGCCUCCGAGUGCGGGUUCGAGGUGGACGAGGAGAAUGCGGCUGUUAUCGAUCACUUGAACUAUGACGUGUCCGAUGGUGGCGAUCAUACGACCAUCGUUGCCUCGCCGGAAAACCUGAUCGAUUCGAACAUCAUCGUCGGAAGCCGGUCGUCGGUGGCUCCUCUGCUGUACCGCGGAACCGGCCUGUUGGCGGACCGUGAAAACCCUCUCGUGUUGCAGCUGCUGACGGCAGACAGUACCGCCUACAGCUACGUCCCCGAUGCUCCCAUCAAGGAGUACCCGCAUGCUGUUGGCAAGGGAACGCUGCUGAUAGCUGCCCUGCAGGCCCGCAACAAUGCCCGUGUCGUAUUCUCCGGUUCGCUGUACUUCUUCUCCGACGAGGCGUUCCUGUCCACGGUGCAGCGCGCCCAGGAUGAGCCAGGAAAGAAGGCCGUUCGGUCGGGUAAUCAGGAUGUAGCAACCGCCAUCAGCAAAUGGGUGUUUGGGGAGAACGGCGUCAUCCGGGUGCGCUCGGUCAGUCACCACAAGGACGGAGAAUCUCAACCACCGUCGGCCUACACCGUCACCGAGCCCGUUGUGUACACGAUCGAGAUCGAAACCCGUACCGGCAAUGGCCAGUGGAAGGCGUUCGAGGCUUCCGACGUUCAGCUGGAGUUCGUGCGCAUCGAUCCGUUCGUCCGUACUACGCUUAAACCCGUUGGAGGUGGUCGCUACGAGGCUCGGUUCCUCAUUCCGGACGUGUACGGUGUGUACCAGUUUAAGGUGAACUACGACCGAACCGGGUACACGCAUCUGUACUCCACGACGCAGGUGUCCGUGCGUCCGCUUACACACACGCAGUACGAGCGCUUCAUUCCAAGCGCCUAUCCGUACUACGCCAGCGCCUUCUCGAUGGUCGUCGGUAUGUUCCUGUUCUCCUUCCUGUUCCUUCACUUCAAGGACGAUGGCGUUAAGCAGGGCAAGGGUGGUUCCGGAAACGAAAAGAAGGUCCAGUAGAUGCACAGGGAACGGCUCUGUGCUGCAUUUAAAUGCUAGACUUACCAUACGGCGGAUGCGACCUCAUCACGCCGAGGACAAAUUAGAAAACGAUACGAACAAUAAAACAUACUUAUCUCUCA